AUCCAGGUUACAGCAAGAAAAAAAAGGAGGGAAAAUCAUUUUGUUGCUAUGAAUGUGUUCCAUGUCCAGAUGGGAAGAUUUCAGAUCACGAUGAUAUGAAUUAUUGUUUCCAAUGCUCAGAAGAUCAAUUUCCAAACAAGAACAAAGACCAGUGCCUUUUCAAGAGAUUGAACUUUCUCUCCUUGACAGAACCUUUAGGGAUCACUUUAGGUUCCUUGGCAAUUUCUUCUUCCAUGAGCACAGUUUUGAUUCUAGUAGUUUUCAUCAAGAACCAAAACACCCCCAUUGUCAAAGCCAACAAUCGGGAGCUCACCUACACUCUCCUCAUCUCCCUGCUGCUCUGCUUCCUUUGCUCAUUGCUAUUCAUUGGCCGGCCUCAAACCCUGACCUGCUAUUUACGACAAACUGCAUUUGGUGCCAUCUUUGCUGUGGCUGUGUCUUGUGUUUUGGCAAAAACCAUCACCGUGGUUCUGGCUUUCAUGGCUAUCAAGCCAGGUUCCAGGAUGAGGAAAUGGGUGGGGAAAAGACUAGCCCAUUCUAUUCUUCUUGUCUGCUCCCUUAUUCAAGCUGGGAUUUGUGCUGUGUGGCUAUGUACAGCUCCUCCAUUCCCAGAUUUGGACAUGCACUCUCUGGCUGAAGAACUCAUACUGGAAUGCAAUGAAGGAUCAGUCACUAUGUUUAAUUUUGUCCUGGGGUACCUGGGAUUUUUGGCCGUUGUCAGUUUCAGUGUAGCUGUCCUAGCCAGGAAGUUGCCAGACAGUUUCAAUGAAGCCAAGUUCAUCACUUUCAGCAUGUUGGUCUUUUGCAGUGUUUGGUUGUCCUUUGUUCCAUCAUACCUGAGCACGAAAGGCAAAUACAUGGUGGCAGUGGAGAUCUUCUCCAUUUUGGCCUCCAGUGCUGGGCUACUGGUUUUUAUCUUUUUCCCAAAAUGCUACAUCAUUAUUUUAAGGCCUCAUUUGAACACCAAGGGUCAGCUAAUUAUGAGAACUUAGGAAGAAUCUAAGAUCCAAUCAACUACACGUGAUGGUUAGAGUGUUACUUGCCCUGACAAAGUUCAUUUUUUCUUUGGUGAAUAGAAAUUAGAUAGAAUCCCCAGCUACUGCCUCUUUUCUGGUGGAUUAGAGGUCAAGCUCAGUUGUAAUUUAUCCCAGAAAAAAAUCCAGUUGCACUAAUAAAUUAGCAAAUAUAUGAAUAAUUUUUCCACCAACAUGUGCUUUCUGUGUAGGUGAUUAAAAUGAGUGCACAGCCCUCCAGUAUCUACAUCUAGAGCUUUGCACCUGAAACACUUUUGCAUUUCAUACACUUUUGAUGAAUGUUAGUUUAUAUUACUUUUUAGGACUGAAAGAAGAGUGGAGAACAGUUGAAUAGUAGCAUGAACUACCCUGUCUUGCAUUACAUGGAACUGCAGCAGACAGACCAUAGUACAAGAUAAAGUACUAUGAAUUCUUGGCUGUUUUUGCCUUAGCCCUUUUAGAGGCUGUAAUGGUGUGCUGAUUCAUGAUUGUGGGGUAAAUUCAUGGAUAAUAUUUAUUUUAUUUUAUUUUAUUUUAUUUUAUUUUAUUUAAAAUUAAAAUAAGGAAAAGAUCCAGAAGAGGUCAACCAAGAUGAUCAAGAGGCUAGACGACCUUGCUUACAAGUCAAGGCUAAAAUGGCAGGAUAGGGGGCAUACCUUAAUCUCAUAGUUGUGUGGCUUCCAAGGUAGGCAUGUGCCAACAGGUCCGGGGGUCCGGUGGUUCAGUCCAGUGGUUUGGGGGUUCCGGGUUGAACUGAACCCCCCCAAGCUCCAUCCAGACCAGAACUGAACCCCUUUGUAAGUUCAACCCUUCAGUGGGCUUCCUGUGGGCCGUGGUGGAGGGGGAGGAGUCCGCAAAAGUUUCCCUUCACCCACUGGC